CUUUCCAGCGAUAAACAUAGACUCCAACUUCUGUGGAAAAAUUUCAAACCAAACUGAGAAACUAUGGCAUUUGGCUUUGCGCCUUCUGCGCUCCCCAUGCGAAAUAAAGGGACAGCUUCUCUCUCUCUAUGCUGGUGCUACAUUUUCUCCUCCAUUUAUAUAAUUUGUAUUCAUUCAGGUUCUUUCUCUAGAACCGAGCGCCUUUCUAGUGUCGAUUUUCUCCCGGAACUUAUCGGUAUCCGGGGAAAUCCACGCCAUUCCCGACAACCCAUUUCGUAGUUUGGGGGGCCGACAUUGAAUUUGGUCUCUAUUAGCCACAAUCACCUGCUCUGAUGGUGCGUUGAUCGGUCAGAAGAGGUUGUUCGUGGUUGGCCAUGGCAAUUGCCUGUGCUUCUAUGCUUGACCCAUGAUUAUGGGUUUAGAAAGUGGUUCCGGUUUCAGGUUUAGUUCCCAUGGGGAUUUGUGCGAGCACUGAGGGGGGGCGGCGACGGAGGUCUACUGUUAGAAGCAAUUCAGGUAAUGAGAUGGACAAUGAAUCUCCUUGUAGAGAUGGACAUGGAAGCCCAAGUGGAUUUUCUAUGGUUAAUAAGCAUAUUGAUGUUCUCCGUGGAACCCCUGCUUAUAGCGACGUUGAUAUUUUUUCAUUUGAGGAGAUGAAGUUGGCCACAAAGAACUUUCGGCCGGAUCUAAUUCUAGGAGAGGGUGGUUUUGGAGUUGUAUACAAGGGAGUCAUUGAUGAAAAUGUAAGACCAGGUUUUGAGAUAAUGCAGGUUGCCAUUAAGGAGCUUAACCGCGAAGGUUUCCAAGGUGAUAGGGAAUGGCUGGCAGAAGUUAACUAUCUUGGGCAUCUUAGUCACCCUAAUCUUGUGAAGCUAAUUGGUUAUUGCUGUGAGGAUGAGCACAGGAUGUUGGUAUAUGAGUAUAUGGCAUGUGGGAGCCUGGAGAAACAUCUUUUCCGCAGAGUGGGUUGUUCAUUGACUUGGCCAAAAAGAAUGAAAAUUGCUCUAGAUGCUGCAAAGGGACUUGCAUUUCUUCAUGGUGCAGAAACACCCAUCAUAUAUCGUGAUUUCAAGUCAUCAAAUAUCUUGCUUGAUGAUAAUUACAAUGCAAAGCUUUCAGAUUUUGGCCUUGCAAAAGAAGGACCUAUGGGAGAUCAAACUCAUGUGUCAACAAGAGUGAUGGGUACAUAUGGAUAUGCUGCUCCGGAAUAUGUAAUGACUGGACAUUUAACUGCCCGAAGUGAUGUUUAUGGAUUUGGGGUGGUUCUACUUGAGAUGCUUAUUGGCAGGAGAGUAAUGGACAAGACCAGACCGAGCCGAGAGCACAACCUGGUCGAGUGGGCUCGUCCGCUCCUGAACCACAAUAAGAAACUUUUGAAGAUAUUGGAUCCUAGAAUGGAGGGACAAUAUUCAACUAGAAUUGUGUUGAAGGUUGCUAAUUUGACUAGUCAAUGUCUGAGCCAAAAUCCAAAAGGCAGACCCCUUAUGAGCCAAGUGGUACAAAUGCUAGAGGGCUAUCUGAGUACCAUAGAUACUGAUCCCGGGACCGUGCGUCGCAGUUAAGUCGGUGGCCUAAUUCUCUAUCAGCACGCACCUGAAAUUACACAACAGAAACUGAACAAGAAACAAUGAAAGAAAAACUGAAGGGCAUGGAAACAGGCAGGGACACACAAGAAGUGAAAGUGAACACCCGAGGGACCUCGAUCUCGGUCGCCCCCGCCUUCGGACCAUAUCCCAGAUUUGGUGUCCCAUGAGAAAACAACAUGUUUUAAAAGUUUAACUAGCUUUAUGUGUUGAUAGGAUGGAUGCCUAAAAUGUGCAACCUUUUUUUUUCUUUUUUUCUUUUUACCAAAACUGCUCUAUCCAUUAAAUUUCUAAGAGCAUGUAUACUUACAGUGACAUUUU